AUGAUAAAAGAUUGUAUUGAUUAUGUAAAGGCAUGUCAAGAAUGUCAGAAACAUGGUUCGAUACAACAAAUUCCAGCAGCCAAAUUACAUUCGAUAAUAAAGUCAUGGCCAUUUAGAGGUUGGGCUUUGGAUAUAAUUGGUUUGAUUCAUCCUCCUUCAUCGAAACAACACAAAUUUAUUUUGGUGGCUAUUGAUUAUUUCACAAAAUGGGUUGAGGCUAUUCCGUUAGUAGAGGUUGGUCAAAGUGAGAUAAUUGACUUUAUUGAGAAAAAUAUUAUCCAUCGAUUUGGAAUUCCUCAAACGUUAAGCACUGAUCAAGGAACUAUGUUCACUGGCCAGCGAAUUAAAAAUUUUGUGGCUUCAAGAAACAUUAGUAUGGUUACUUCGACUCCUUAUUAUGUACAGGCUAAUGGGCAAGUAGAAGCAGCGAAUAAGAUAUUGAUAGGCUUGAUUAAAAAGCAUAUCGGGAGUAAGCCUUGA